AAACAAACUUGCAUCUUGACUGGUUGUUUUCGUCAAGAAAGUUAGAAAUUUGUUAAUUAAUACGCCUACAAAUUGGCUUUUUUUGAGUUUCGAUCUGUAAGGAGUUCAAUCCUCGUGCUAGUGCGGAACAUGUCCUCUCUCUCGUCCGAGUUGCUGAUUCCGGUAGGGCUUGUGACGGUCGGUGUUUAUGCGCUGAGGAGAUAUAAAAUUCGAAGAUGGGGUUGGGUCAAAAAUAAGCAUUCCCUCAAAGGAAAACUCUUUAUAAUAACAGGAGCCAACACCGGAUUAGGAUACGAAACUACCAAAGCCAUCACUGCCAGACAAGCUACAACGAUAAUGGCUUGCCGCAACAUGACCAAAGCAAGACAGGCCAUCGAAAGGAUACGCCAGGAAUCGAAGGAAGGUGAACUUAUUCCAAUGGAAUUAGAUUUAGCCUCGUUCAACUCUAUUCGUAAAUUUGCUUCGGAAAUAAACGCAAAGUAUCCAAAAAUGUUCUGUCUGGUGAAUAAUGCUGGAUUGGCUGCCCAGAAUCCUGAGUUUACCGAGGAAGGUUACGAAAUUCACUACGGCGUGAAUCAUCUUGGCCAGUUCUUGUUAGUGGAUCUGCUUAAAGAUAACUUGAAAAAGUACAAUUCACGCGUUGUGGUCGUUUCGUCGCGAAUGCAUGAAAUAGACGCCAGCAUAGAUUUGGAGAAUCUCGGCAAAUGGGUUGAAUAUGAGAGCCGUCUAAACAGAUUGUACAACAAUUCGAAGCUGAUGAAUUUCUAUUAUGCUAGAGAGCUUUAUAAAAGAGGUUUCAACGUUCACGUGUUGUGUCCUGGCCUAUGUCACACGGAUUUCUUCCGAAGUUAUGACCCCAAGUGGUAUCAUUACAUGCUUUUUUCACCCAUCGUGUGGCUCAUGCUUCGAUCAGCUGAACAGGGCGCCCAAAAUAUAAUACACUGUGCGACUGAUAGUUUCAUCAACGAGCGGGAGAAUCCUGUCACCGGACACUAUGUGUCCAAUAUGAAAAUGCGAAAAUCGAAACUCGCCUUUGACGAGCGGAUUUCUGUCGCAUUAUGGAAUGUGAGCUUGGAAGCGAUAGAAAAACACAGCGGGAACGAAGCGGAUAUUCGAUAAGAUCAGCGAAGCCGCUCCGAUAAGAUCAUCUUGAUCGAUCCGAUCAAGAAUAAUAACCUAGCAUAAUCUGUUGUUCUAACAUUUUGGUCUUGGAUUAUGAGUUUAAACGGUUGAUGAGUGCACUCAGACAUGGGAUGGAGGACAUGUCCGCAGUCAAUAAUGUUAUUCCGGGAAUAGGCUGAAAACUCGUUUGCAUGGCGCUUAAUACUUAUAUAUUUUAGCUUAUAUUUUAGUUCUUUGUGUACUAACAUGUAGUUUAUGAGUUUUGUUUGUAAUAUGAAUAUUUUCUAUUAAUGCUUAACGUAUUGGGUUGCCCGAAAAGUAAUUGUCGAUUUUUUUCAUUACAAAUAAACUACUUUUUUGUACAUUGAAUGAACGCAAAAGAUGAGAUGUACAUAAUUUCAAAGCUUAAACUCUCAAGUUUUGGAAUAUUUUAUGAACAAAUUUGUAUCUUGGUUUGCGUAGAUUUAGUGGACAAAAAAAUCGGGGGGAAAUGAAAAAUCGAUUUCUUUUUGUUUUUUCAAAGAUUUUGUGGACUAACACAAUUUUUGUGCAACUAAUUCAAGAGCAAAUCCAAUUAUCCUUAUCAACCACCUUUCAUUUGAUCACUCUAACGUUCCUGUAGGACAGGUAUAUUCAAGCCUAGGUAUACGAGCUGCAUUAGGCCCACCGGGUUAUUCUGGUUGGCCCAACUAAUAUUAUUUCAGUAGUAGUGCCAAACUAGAAAACUGGACACUUUUUUAUGCAAUAGUUUUGACGUUAAUAACUGUUUUUGCUGCGAACAUAUCUCGAUAAUCUGCAUACCAAAAAAAAAGGGAAACUAUUCUACUAUUCUGGUCCCUAAUUCGUAAAUGGUUUGAAUUAACGAAAACUGGGCUUGUUUUCAUAGAGAAACGGAGGAACAGCUGGUUUGAGAGAAACAUCAGAUUUGGCUAGAAUGAUUCUUUUUAUUUCAUUCAUUAUUGAGCCGCCUCAAGACAUCGGAACAAUAAGCAACUAUCAACAUGCAAUAAGCAAUAUUAUCGCCAAUAGGUUUUUCCAUUUAAUAUUUGUUGAUCUCGCACACUGACGCAAUUCGAUAUCGCUAUCGCCUUUAUAGAGCAACAAUUCGAUGAUUUUUUUCUAGAAAACACCAGAUCACGACGUUUUAUGCAUUUUUAAGACAUUUGGCAUGGAAAAAAUGUCGAUUUUCCAGAUUUCUUUUCGAUUUUCGAGCAUCAAAAAACCAACACUUUGAGAGCUUUGAGGCACUCCUGAAUCAUAUCCGAUUGAACUGAAACUUUGCACAGGUCAUUUUUUUGGGCCAAUAAACAAAAUGUCCAUGGUCGGUUUUUAAAAUUUGACAUGACCAUUUUCGCUAUCCCUAGCUAUCCCUAUACCUAGCUUUCCUCUGGUUUCCCCUUGGAAUGCUUUUUUUUUCGCGAAAAACUGCUUUUGCUUAUGUUCGUCAACGCGCGCGGGCUCAAACUAUUGCAGACUUCACAAUUUUAUUUUUUUGAUUACUUGAAAAACUAAAAUGAAAUAAAAACAAAAUCAAUCAAUACCAUCAUCAUCAAUGUCUUGAAAUGAAACAAAUAAAAUUAAAAAAAUACACAAAUACAGAAGACAAUACUUUACACUAUGAAAUCAUGAUGAUGGUACCCUUACAAAAGCUUGAGCUGAACGAGUUCUCUUGUUGAUAAUUAUUAUGAUGAAAUUCAUAAAAAACGGACUGUUUAUGUCACAGUCAUAGAUUCCCAUUCGAGAGAACAACUUAAACCAUCAUGGACGCAUUUAUUCCAUGCCAUGUCGAGAGAGUUUCCAGCCCCGAUGUGAUCGUUUCCGAGUUCAAGCACCUGAGAAAACCGUUCUGGCCGUGGGAUUUUUCGUCAGAGAAAUUUCUUCCGACUUGCACCGUGGUUUAUGCAUAUUCUAGAGCUUUCCACUCCAGAAUACAUUCAAGGCGUGUUAUUUGGCAUAGAAAUUUCAACUAAGUACUAUUAAUAACAAUGAUGCAUAAUACGACGUUCAGAAGGCAAAUGUUCUACUGGGAACAUUAGUGCCAUCCAAGAAGAAGCAAUGUAACCACCAGGGCUCUGCAUAGUCAUAGUCAACUGAGGAUAGUCAGCUGACUAACUGACUGACUAUAUCCAUAGUCAGUUAGUAAUGACUUUUAGCUUCUUGAAGCAGUUUCUCCGCCAAAACGACUGAACAGUCAGUCGGGCGUUUAGUCGCUAUCUCCCUCUACCGACUUGACUAUAUCAUUUCAUUGUUCCCAGUCAAAUUGUCCUCAUUGCAUUUUGAAGUGACUUCCCCCAAAAUGAAUUCAUUCCUUUCUUUCUCUCUCCCAUGUACAUGUGCAUGCAUCGAGUUUGAGUUCAACGUGGUUUGACAUACGCUACAUGUGAGCUAGAUUCUUUUGUAUCGUACACGAAAAUUACUUACACGUAUAAAAUAACGUGCAGUGUGUGUGCGCUAUUUUGCACGCCUAAUACUAACUAAUACUAACGCGAGGACCUUUAUAGCAUACUAAGUUCGUUGGUUUGAGUUCACGAUGGGUAGACAAUAACCGUCCAUUGAUGGGGUAACUUCUUUUUUGCAUCAGAAAUCAUGUUUUCGUUCCUCUUUAUAUGGACGUAAAAAUAAGAUUGUGUACGCGAGUAUGAAUUAGUGUCAGGGGGAAAUGGAAGUGUGGAUUGAAGUCAGUUGAGUGAAGAGGUAGAUUUGUAUUCAUUAGUCGAGUCACCACUGACUGGACUAGUUCACCAGUCAUCCUCGCUAGUCAACACUAGUCAAUUCAUUUUCUAGUCAAGUCACCUUUUGUUGGCGUCGACUGCCGAAGCAGUUCUAGUCGAGGCGAAGCUGCUGAGAGUAGAGUCGGUCCUCAUUUUUCUCCUUCGAAGAUUUCGGGCCCUGUUCAUAACAUUUAAUUUAGAAGAAAUAGUUUUAUUUUGACAAUGAAGCCUCUCGGAUCACAAUUGACUAUGUUAAUAAAUUUCAAACGAUCUAGCAAAGCUAGCUGGUAGUUGACGAAAAAUACUGUUAGUCCACAAAUCUUUGAAAAAACAGAAAGAAAUCUGCUUAUUAUUUCUUCUCGAUAUAUUUGACUCCUAAAUCAUACCAAGAUAAAAUUUGUUCGUAAAAUUUUCCAAAACAUAAGAGUUUAAGGGGAAGGUGGAAGCUAGCCAUUGUAGUAGUAUAGGUAAACCCACGUGUAAAAAUGGGGUAAUAGUGUUUGUGAGAGAAGGGCGAAGCACACGUAAAUAGAUCAAUUCGCUUAUCAGGCUGUGUGGCGCUACAUUGACACGAGUCUUUGAAUAAAUUUGAAAAAAAAUAACAAUUCAAUACUAAAGUAAAAUGUAUGAACGAUAUGUUCCGAUGAACAAUUGCAAAUAUAAAUAUAUAUAGAAGGUGCAUUUGCAUAUAAAGUAAAAUUCUGAUUAUACGCGAGCGUAACAUGAGCAAAUUUAUAACACAUGCGAAUUGGGGCCCUUUUGGUAUUAACAAGUUCUUCCGCAUAGUAACUCGAUGUUGAUAAUUCCUUAAUGUUUUCCUUCGUUGAUCGUAUUGUUUUCACAUACUCACGUUGGAGAGCCUUAACCCUUCGCUUCGUUUUCCGACGUUUUUCACUAUACAGUGCGACAGCAGAUGAAAAUUUAAUAUCUUGAGAGUAAUCGAUUAGAGUUUGGUUGAUAUUACCUGAUGGGAAGUGUGCGAAAAAGAUCACACUGUUUCGCAAAAUUAUUGAUUUUCGGGCGAGGGGUGAGGGAGGGAGGUCAAAGAAAUGAGCGCCAUUGUGGCAGCCAUCUGUGGCUAGCUUCCACCUUCACCUUAAGCUUUAAAAUGAUGUACAUCUCAUCUCUUUUGUGUUUAUUCUAUGUACAAAAAAAUAUAUUUUUGGUAAUGAAAAAAUCGGCGAAUACUUUUCGCGGAACCCAAUAUAUAACCAUUAACAUAAAUGCAUUUUAGCUCAUUACGAACAUGACCAACAUACAGUAUAAACAUUUGUACCAUAUUAUUAUACUUAAACACAAAGAAAAUAACAAUACAUUCCAUGGUACUUCCACCUCUUAUUGCACGAAUUCCGAAUUCA